AUGAAUUAUUAUUUUAAUUUAAAUAAUUAUAAUUAUAUAAAUUUUUUUAAUUAUAAAAAUAAAUUAUUAGAUUUUAGAAAUUUUGAUUAUUAUUUAAAAUUUAAUUUAUUUAAAUAUAUAAAUAAAUGUUUAUAUCUACAAAAAAUUUAUAAAGAUAUAAUAUUUAAUAAUAUAAAAUUUAAUAUUUUUAAUAAUAUUUUAUUAAAUUUGAAUUUUAAUUAUAUAUAUAAUAAAUUAUUUAAUAUUAAUAUAACUGAAAUAGAUAGGUUUGAUUUAAAUAAUAUUUAUAUUAAAGAUUUAAAUAAAUUAUUUAUAAAUGAUAAUAAUUAUUGUAUAGAUAUAAAAAAUUAUAAAGAAUUUUAUUUUAUAAAUUAUUAUUUAGUUCUGUAUGAAAUAUAUUAUAAUAAUAUAAUUUUUUUAAUUCAAUGUAACACUAAUAAUAGUGAUAAUUAUAAUAAAUUUUUAGAUAUUUAUAAUAUAAUAAAUUUAUUUAUAAAAGAUAAUAAAUUUAUAAAAUAUAUAAUAUGUAGUAAUUAUAACAUAAUUAUUAGUAAAAUUAAUAAUAUUUAUAAUAAUAAAUUUUAUAAAAAAUUAAAAAUUAAUAAUUAUACUAAUAAUAUUAAUUAUUUUUUACUAAAUAAAAUUAUUAUUAAUAAAAUUAAUAAUAUAAAUAUUUUUAAUAAUUUUAUAUUUAAUGAUUUAUUAAAAAAUAAUUAUAAUAAUAAUUUUUUAAUAUUAAAUAAUAUAAAUUUUAAUAAUAAUUUAUAUCAUUAUAAUAAAAUAAAUAUAUUUAAUAAUUAUAUAAAAUUAAAUAAUAUUAUAAAUUUUAAUAAUAUAAUUAAUACUUUUAAAGAAAAUAAAAAAUUUGAUAAAUAUAUAUCAAAUUUUAUAUUUGGUCAAGAAAAUCAAUUACAUAAAUUAUCUACUGUAGAUAUAAAUAAAAUUUUUAGUAAAAAAGAAAUUAAUAGUAUUAAACCUAUAGGUAGUUGGAUUAUAUGUGGUCCUAGUGGUACAGGUAAAACAGAGUUAGCUAAAAUUAUAUCUAAGUUAUUAUAUAAUAAUAAAUUAAAAUUUAUUAAAUUUGAUAUGAGUGAGUUUAUGGAUAAGUAUACUGUAUCAAGAUUAAUUGGCGCACCACCAGGAUAUUUAGGUUAUGAAAAAGGAGGUGAACUUACAAAUUUUGUUAAUGAAAAUAAAAAUAGUAUUAUUUUAUUUGACGAAGCUGAAAAAGCAAAUAAAUAUAUAUACGAUAUACUUUUACAAGUACUAGAUGAAGGUGUAUUAACAGAUUCAAAAGGUAUAAAAGUAUUUUUUAAUAAAUCUAUAUUAAUUUUUACAAGUAAUAUAGGUUCUUCUAUUUGUAAAAAUAAUAAAUUUAAAUUUAAUAAUAUUAUAUUUAAAAAUGUAAUUAAAGAACUUAAAAAAUUUUUUAGAAUUGAAUUUUUAAAUAGAAUUGAUGAUAUUUUAAUUUUUAAUUAUUUAGAUUUAUUUUCAAUUUAUAAACUUAUGGAUAAAUUUUUAUUUAAUAUAUCUAAAUUUUGUAUAAAUAUUAAUAAAAUUAAAUUAUUUUUAUCAUUAAUUUUUAAUAAAAAUAAUACUAAUAUUAGAAAAAUUAUUAGAAUUUUAGAUAAUAAUAUUAUUAAUAAAAUAUAUAAUUUUGAAAAUAAUAAUAUUAGUAUAGAUAUUUGUGGUAAAUCUUUAGUAUAUAAAAAUAAUAUAUAA